AUGGACUCUUACUUGUCAGAUCCCAUAGCUGAGUUAUUGACUACAUACAUCGAACUCAAUCCAUCCACGGUAACCGUCUUGGAUGAGGCGCCUUCAGCCCUUGAGUUUAUGCGCUUUGUCUCCUUGAACCGGCCCUUCGUCGUCCGAGGAUUCGCUUUAGAUCCAUGGGAGGAGUCUCAGCCGUUUCCUGAAUUUGUUGAUUUCGUCUCACAGCAAGAAUUGCGCGGGAGGAAAGGAGAAGAGGUUCGCUACGCUCAAACACCUACGUCUUGGACAAAAAGAACCGCAGGCCUCAAUGAAACACCAGGCCAGCGUCUAAGCUUGCAGGACCAUUUAAUGGUUAACUUGAACUGCGACGCUGAAAGAAUGAUAACCUUCGCAAUGAAUACUCGUCGCUGUUUACUGAUGUGGAGAAAGACAUAUCUUUCGCCAGGCAACUCGCACUCCGUAACUUCCCUUCACAAAGACCCUUACCAGAACAUCUACGUCCAGAUUAUUGGACAAAAACAUUUCACUUUGCUUCCCCCCAUCUUCCACUCCUGCAUCAACGAAGUGUCCCUUGCCUCCAGCUCUUACAUCCGCUCUAAUUCUGAUACUUCUAUCCUCACUAUGGAGCCAGACUCGCCCCCCACAGAAUUACCCAUUGCAACCUGGGAUCCAGAUGUUCCAUCUAAAAACCCGACAAAAUACUCAUUUCUAGCACAGCCAAUCCAUGUGACCCUGGAAAAGGGAGAUAUGUUAUAUCUACCCGCACUCUGGUAUCACAAGGUAGGGCAGAGCUGUGGAGACGAGGGAAUUUGUGUUGCUGCUAAUUAUUGUUUCGCGCAAGACCUAUCUACCGAGAAAUGGAUAGACUAUAGUGACCAACGGAAAAAUUGA